AGUUCAUGUGUAAAAGAAAAUGUUUAUGCAGGUGAAGAAUGGAGACAAAUGUCAUUGUCCUUAAUGCUUGUUGAUGAGACUGUGGGAGAAAUUUUACAGGCAAGUCGAUUUACUAGAGAAAUAGUUUCAGCUGUGAGUAAGAAAAGUGGCAGCAAGGCCCCACAAACUCCACUGUCCCAACUGUCAAAUAAGAAAGCUGACCCUGAAAACACAGAGCUCCAUGAUAGAAGGAAAAAAGAGAAACAAACAAAAGUAGUUUCUGAUUCCCCACAACCUCUGCGAGCUCGUUCUAGGAUCGACUUUAAGGUUUCUCCUCCAAAAGCUGCAGAGUUUCAGAAACAGAAUGAUGUUAAGUGUUUAAAGGUAUCUACCAAGAAUAGACCUUUGUUCUUCUCUACACAUUUUUCAAGGCAACAACAGUUUUGCAAGACAAAGUCUCCUGUCAUAUCAAGAAACAUGGGAGCACAACACAAGUGUUUGAUGAAGUGCCCGGCUGAAAAAGCUUCCCAAUUUCAAGGCAAAGUUAAAAACCCAUCAACUUUUUCUAUUUCCUCUUCGCUUGCGAGACCUGCCACUACGAAUUUGAGUUUAAGCAAGAAGAGUUCUCCAAAGAGAUGGUUUCGAUCUUUCUCUCCUUCUAGAGUCGCGGCGAGAUUAUUAGCUUCCUCGCCAUUAAGGAGUAAGAAAACUGAGAAAAAAAAUGACGGGGUAGUGAAUUUGAGAAAGAGUUCUUCAAAGGGAUCACUUACAUCAAAACUAUGUCGAUCUUUCUCUCCUUCAAGAUUGGCAACCAGAUUUGUUUCACCGUUGAAGAGCAGGAAAAAUGCACAGCAAAGUGAGGGAAUACUAAAUGGAGUGAAACAACGACCGGCAGCAACUGUGAAAUUCCCUCCUCCAAAAAUUUGA